UGUGAUUCAUCUUCACCUUGACCUCUUCUUCUUCUCUUCUCCAUGGGGAGAGCAUCUUGUUGCGACAAAGUUGGAGUGAAGAAGGGGCCGUGGACGCCUGAAGAGGACCGCAAACUCAUCGACUACAUACAGAAGCAUGGACAAGGGAGCUGGAGAACUCUUCCCAAGAAAGCUGGCCUUGCAAGGUGUGGCAAGAGUUGCCGGCUUCGGUGGACGAACUACCUGCGGCCGGACAUUAAGAGAGGGAGGUUCUCAUUUGAAGAGGAAGAAGCAAUCAUUCAACUACAUAGCGUUCUGGGGAACAAAUGGUCGAAGAUUGCUGCUUGCUUGCCGGGAAGAACAGACAACGAGAUCAAGAACUACUGGAAUACGUGCAUCAGGAAGAGGCUCCUCAGGAUGGGAAUUGACCCUGUGACUCACACCCCUCGCCUCGAUCUCCUUGACCUCUCUUCGCUUCUUGCCUCCUCCUUGUGCAACCCAGAGUCGCAGUUCGACUUUUCUAGGUUAUUAAUAGGCCCCGAAACCCUCGCCAACAGCCAUCAGCUCAAGAUGGCGACAGACCUCCUAUCGUCUCAACGCCAAAGCUCAAACAUCCUUUGUCAAGGACUCCAAGAACAACCAUACCUGUUGGCUUCCUUGCAGGAACAGCAGCUACGGCUUUCAUCUCAACAGCUAUCUACUUGCACCCUUCCAAACGAGCCAUUCAUUGAUGAGGCACUGCUGAUGCAAGCCAGUGCGGGCCAGUUCCAACCAGCUACCGAUUCCAAUCACUGGACGAGCGUUAGCUAUCAAAGUUUGGACCCAUCCUUCACCCAACUGGUCACGGAAACCUCCAAUCUGAUCUCCACAGACGGGCAGGGCUACAACCUGACUUCUCUUUUGUCGACACCUGCGUCAAGCUCCCUGAACUCCUCAUCGACAUACACGAACGGCAACCAGCUGAAGUAACAGAUUCCUGAUCUCUUGGGCGUGAGCAUGUGCAUGUGAAGAAUAGGAGAGAUCGGGAGACGGAAUACAGACGGCAAAGAGGAGAAAGAAGAAGGAGGAGCUAAGAAACAAGAAGAGACACCAAGUUCUGUACCCAAAUGCCGAUGCAUGCAUGAAGCACAAGUCUUUUUCUCUGUUUUUUUUCCCUUUCUUUUCCAUGUUCUUCUCUGAUCGAAGAGAAAACAAGGAAUCCUCCCAGGUUUCCUACUGUGUUUGUACUGUGGAUGAACGAUUUCAAGGUGAUUAAGGGGUUCUUUUAUCUAAAGA